CCUUCCGUUGACCGCCUUUGCUGUCAUUUGCUCUGGAUGGAUAUCAGUAUGGGUGUGGAGGAGUUUGACCAGACGACAUACAAUGCCUGCACGGCCGAUUCGAUCCAGGCAAAGCACUUCAUAAAUCCUCCGUGUCGAAUCCAGCCAGCGGCCCUCCAGAAGCACUCGACCUUUGGCUGCUGUGUCGACAAUUACCAUACCCGGUCAACUGGCUCGCCCUUGGUAGUGUCGUACGUCAAAAGUCCAAGCAGCCCAGUCAAAAAAGGUUCAAGAGUUCAUGGGAAUUAGUCUGGAUUUAGGUCUCCCCAGAUCUGAAAGUAGACCAGAGCGUAAGAUUACUGAACCGGAAUUGAGAGUUUCUUUUCCAAAUAGCUCAGCCUCCGGAACAAUGUGGUGCAAUGUCUUAGACCGACCUCUCGCUGCCGCAGGAGGCAGGAGUAGCACACCAGCAAAGGGCGAAGACUCAGGCGUAGUGCAGGAGAUAAGGUUGUUUCUGAGAGGUAUCCAGGUGAGAUCUAGAAGGAGAGAAGUCAGUAAACAUGAUUUGGAAAAGGCGGGAAGAAGUUUAUCGAACUUUGUGUUGCCUAGGUGCUUGGAUGCCAUGUGGCUUGGCGAUGUCUCAGUCCCGCCAAUACCAGGAAGGAAAGACCAAUCCAGCCCCCAAGGAAAAUUGUCUCAACCAAGAAAGAUGAAGAAAAAGUCAAAAGAAGCCAGAAAGAAGUGCACGAAAAGAUUAUCGAGGAUCAUUUCAGCGAUUACGAGAGGAUGACGAUUAUGACGGGGCCGGCGACGUUGACACCCGCAGCUCCAAAUCUCUCAGGGCGCGGUGAUAAUCGCUAAAGUUCGGAUCGGCCAGGGGCUCAUCGACAGGGGGGCUUAUCGCAGUCAAUAUUUCAGAUGACAUUUCCCCCUUUGAGCGCACUGGGGAACGGGUUGGACGGGAUGCUGACGAUGAAAUUGC